CCCAGGCAUGGCCACAUGACGCGUGAGGGAGGGUGGCACACACGUUCCUGCAAAGCAUUCCUGGAAGCUUCCCGGCCGGCGGGAGCAGGGAGCACCCGCGAACCUCCCGCUGUCCGGCCUGAGGGAGCGCUUCUCCCGCCGUGGCUCCGUCAGCGGCUCCCGGCCGCCGCCCCGCCCCGGAGGCGGCACCGCCGGGAGAGGCAGCACCGGCUGAGGCAGCGUCGCAUCGCCGCUCCCUGCACACGGCAGGAUUUGCCCGGGGAAGUUUCCCCUCUGUUCAACAGUAAGUCAUUACAGAGAGGAGAAAAAAGAGAGCAGGGAGGAAGCAUGACCAAGAUGAACUGCAUCCUACUGACUGCCUGCAUUGUUCUGAUUACUUUUUGUGGCUCUGGUUAUACCUUAAGAUGUUACCACUGUGACAACAGCCCUACCCUGUGCAGGACCAACAGCACUUGCUUAACGACUGAAGACACUUGCUUGCAGUUAAAAUUUGGUAAAUUGAGAACUUUCUCCUGUUGGAAGGCAUCCCAGUGCAAUGUGAAUGAAAUUGCUGAUUCCUUCUUGUUGGAUAAUUUUGAAUUCUUUUGCUGCCAACAUGACCUGUGCAAUGAGAGUGCAAUUACUGGGGUUAACAAAGCAGCCUUCAGUAUUGCUUCUCUAAUGGCCAUGUUAUGGAUGUUCCUGUAAUAAUCCUGAUUUGUAAGCUGUCCUUUCAAGAUGAAGUUACACAAAACCAUUAACUCUUUUCUAUAUAGCAUAUUUUCAGCUCCUGUCCAUAGGCAGAAACAUUCCUGUGUAAUUUGGUUUCCCAAGGUUGUGUCUGUUAAAUCACUGCCUCCAUUCAUGGGAAGGAGAUGUGUGUUGUUACCAGUUAUUGGGUGUUUUGAUCUGUCCCCCUGCUCAUGGGGAAGGUCAGCUCUUGUAAAGUCAUGUUAUCUUGGCAAACUCCAGUGGGUAAUGUGAAGGAGAAGAACACUACAGCUUUUCUGCUGAAAACUCUUUGUUUUCCUAUCACAUAAACUGUCAUUAUUUUUGGUUGGCACUUCUGUAGGUUUUGAUUUGUUUUGCUUUGGAUCCUCCUUGUCACAAACCAAGCAGUGGAUUUGCCCUCAACACAAGAAGUGUUGGAUUAUGUGUACCUUGUUGCAGUCUUUCUGAUGAAUAUGGAAAUAUUCAGUUUCAAGUAAUUUAAACACUUUGUUCCCAUCCCUGUACCUCUUUUUUUUUUUUUUUUCUACAAGCCAAUGAUAUAACCUUGUCAAGUGCUGUUAUUUUGGGAGAAAGCAUCUACAGUUCUUAAACCAAAACCAAAAUAUUGCUAUAAGUGAGAAAUACUUCUCUCUUUUUU